AUGAAGGAAGAAGCUGCUGUGGCCACUGAAGCUGAAGAGGAAAAUGAAGGAGAUGAGGCUGAUGGAACUGAUCUUGAAUCUGACAACAAGGAAGCAGGGACAACAGAAGAUGUGGAGGAAACUGCUGCUAGCGGUGAGGAAGAAGAGGAGGAAGAGGAGGAAGAGGAGGACAAGGCCGAUGAGACUUCACAGGAAAUUGAAAACACGGAUGAAGCUGGCCAAGAUGGAGAAGAACUUGUAGAAGAGCGUGAUGAUGAUGAAGCUGAUGAAUCGAACAAUGCAACAACAGAUGCAAAUGAUACCGAAGGAGAAAAAGACGAUGAAAUGAAGGAAGAAGCUGCUGUGGCCACAGAAGCUGAAGAGGAAAAUGCAGCAGAUGAGGCAGAUGGAACUGAUCGUGAAUCUGACAACGAGGAAGCAGGUACAACAGAAGAUGUGGAGGAAACUGCUGCUAGCGGCGAGGAGGAGGAGGAGGAGGAGGAGGAGGAGGAGGAGGAGGAGGAGGAGGAUGAUCAAGAAUCAGUAAACGAUGCUACAACAGAUGCACAUGACACCGAAAGAGAAGAGGAUUCUUCAACAGUUGAUAAAACGGCACGAGAAGACAAGACUGGAGAAGAGGAUGAAGUGGCUACGGAUGAAAAUGAGAAUUCGAGUGGUGCAGAUCAAGUUGAAGAGGCAUCGGCUGAAGAGCCUCAAGAGACGGAGGCAUCUCAAACAAAUGCAGAAAACAGUGUCACUGAAGACUUCGUGAAAGAAGAAGAACAGGGUGAAGAAGAAGAUGAUGAGAAACUAGUAGAAGAUGAGGAGUCUGAAGAGGCUGAAAAUGAAAUGGAGGGAUCGGCUGAAAGUGGAGAGGAGUCUGGAGGUGCAGAUGACACGGAGGCUGCAACAACAGGAAAUGAGACUGAUGAACGAGAAACAGCACAGGAAGACUCGGGAGAAACUGAAGUGGUGGGAAAUGAGAUUGCUGAAGGUGACGCCGGAGAAGAAUCUGGAGCAGACGGUGCCUCGGAGUCUGACGGCAGACAUCAAAUUACUGGAGAAGAAGAUGAGGAGGUUACAGAGAAUAAUCCUGACGAAGUCGAACAAACACAAGAAGAAAGUGACAUUGCUGCAGAGCAUCAAGAAGCUGAUGAUGUGGUGGAGCUGAAGCCAGAUGAGGAUGUGGAGGAAAUAUCAGAGAAGAAUGAAGAAAAUGAACCAGUGGAAGAUGUUGAUGAAGAUAAUGACGGACAGACAAAUGUAACACAGUGUGAAAGUGCUAACAUGCCAAAUGGAGAAAAUUAUGAAGACAGCGUCCAUGCCUUCGAGGAAGAGGAGGAGGAAAGUGAGAGGCCCCAUCCAGACUGGACAGCAAACCAGGGCGAGUCAGCCGAUGGAGAAGAUGAGGCUGAGGAAGAUGAGGAGGAAUCAGAGGAAGAAACUGACAGGGAUCAAGAUUUGGGUCCAAGCAAGUUGAAUGAUGGAAAGGCCGCUAACAGUGCUGCUCAGGAAACAACAACUUUUCUCCGACUUGAUACUUUGGGGAAAGUCAAGGCAGAAUCCGAGGACGGUGCUUACGCUGACGUUGAAGAUUCUGAGACCGAAACGAACAACCGAGAUGAAGUCACGAGCUUUAAGUCAAAGAGUUAG